AUGAAACAAUAGUUAAGCUUAUUAAACUUGACUAACAAUUAACCUAACACUAAAGCUAGUAUUAUCAACAGAACCUAAGAUUUAAAAAAGAAGAUGAGUAGUUUUGAUGUGUUAGGGAAAAGUCCGUAUAAAAGCAACUUCAAUCGAUAAAAUUCAAGACAUCUUCUUAAAGAAUAUCAACCUAUAACAACUAGAGUUAAUUAGAGAUAAAGUAUUAAAUCACCUCCUGAAUCAACAAAGAGCAGCAAACCUAUCAGUAUCAGCAAUAACAGUAUAAAUUUAUAUUUAUAUCAAAGAUGAGUUAAAGUAAAUGGACUCCUAAAAACGAUCAUCACAAAAAUCAUAUUAAUAUUAAUUAAAGGCCUUAUUAGGAAAUGAAUAAGAAAAACUGACAUAAUAUGAAUAAACAAAAAGUAAAUUGGAAAUACAUAUAUUUAGGAAUAAAUACAUAAAUAAAUUCUAAUAUUAUGCCUCAAUCUCCAAAAUAAAAAAUUAAAACAAGUCCUGACUUAAAACAUAGUAAAUUUGAUACUUCAAAAUCCAAAACUUAAUUAUAAAAUACUAAUAUUAGUGUGAAUGAUAAAUUAAUUUAAUUCGAGAAAAAUAAAUAGAAAUUAAUUUCUUUAUAACUUAAACUUACUAAGAAUAUUAAAUAAAGACCACUUAAAUAAUCAAUACCUAUUAUUGAAAAAUCAGAACCUAUAAAUUUUAAAUAAAAUUAAAAACUAUAAUUGCCUUAACAAUCAUCAGUUAUUUUAUAAGGUUAUUCUGAUCUUUUGAAUGAUUUUGAAAAGAAGGAAAUUAUAGAUUAUGAAAAUAUUUAUUAUUUAAUUCCAAAAGAAAUUAGUUAAAUCUAAAAAGAUUCUUUUGAAACUUAAUUCAAUAAUGGAUUUGAUACAUAAGAGUAUAUUCUAUUUAAUUAAUAUGUUUAGUGGUGAUUACAUAUUUAUUAAAUAAGAUUAGAUUGCCUAUCGAUAUGAAAUGUUAGAAAAAUUAGGACAUGGAAGUUUCGGUUAUGUAUUUAAAGUGAUGGAUCAUAAACAUCAUUAAGAAGUUGCUUUAAAAAUUAUAAAGAACAAAGAAAAAUUCUAUAAAUAAGCUUUAAUUGAAAUAGAUAUUCUUAGAAUAGUUAAUAAAGCAGAUAUUUCUUGUUGUUUAAUUAAGAUGUUAAAUUAUUUUGAAUUUAGAGGUCAUAUUGUAAAUUUAAUAGAUUAAUUUAGGAAGUGCAUGAUUUUUGAGCUUUUAAGUUGCAAUUUAUAUGAAUUCAUUGCAAUAAAUGAUUUCAUUGGCUUUGAUCUUGAUUUAAUUAGAAGAUUUGCUAUAUAAAUCCUUCAAGGUCUUCUCUAUUUAAAGGAAUGUAAUAUAAUUCAUUGUGAUCUGAAACCUGAAAAUAUACUCCUGAAAGAUAUCAAUAGAUCUGGUAUUAGAAUAAUCGAUUUUGGAUCUAGUUGUUUCACAAACCAAAAGAUUUAUUCAUACAUAUAAGUAAAUUAAUAGAUUAUUAAUUAAAAAAGAGUAGAUUUUAUAGAGCACCUGAAGUUGUUUUAGGUUUAGGUUACUCAUCUUAAAUUGAUAUGUGGAGUUUUGGAUGUAUAAUUGCUGAACUUUUUACAGGAGAAUCUUUGUUUUAAUCUAAAUCAGAAAAAGAAUUAUUAUUCUUAUAAAUUAAAGUUUUAGGUAUGCCUUCAAAAGAAUUGAUUGAAUAAGGAUCUAGAAAGUCAAAGUUUUUUGAUGAAAAAUGUUAACUUAAUUAUAAAAUAAAGGAUGCAGAAUUAUUAUAGUAAAUUAAAACACUUAAUUAACAUUUGGAAAAAGCAGAUCCUCAAUUUUAAGAUGUAAUUAUGAUAUAUUUAAAUAAGUUUGUUGUUAAAUGUCUUAAAUGGAAUCCUGAUUUAAGAAUGACACCUGAAGAAGCAUUAAUUCAUCCUUGGAUAAUUAAUGGAUUACCAAAAACAGUUAAAAAAUAACAUAUAUAAUAAAUGAAGAAUUUAAUGGUUAUACCUCAUGAUUUAGAUUUUAAAUAAGGUUAAGGUGAUUAAGAAAAUGAAUUUUAAUGA